AAAAAGUCCAGUCUAGUAUGAGUUUGUAUGAACCCUAAUUUUCCAUAGAUUAUGUCACCAAUGUAACUAUGAAACUUUUCACUAGCCCAUCGAUUCCUAACCCGAGUGGUUCCUUAUUCCAGUUAUCUUCAAGUAAAGAGUCAAAGAGUGGAGCAUCAAGUAGAUCUGCCGGCUGCCAAGGUUCAGGAAUGAAGAUAUCAACCCGACAAAUUGGACCAGGGAACAUGUCUGUCUGUCCAGAGUGCAGAGGUUCAGAAAGAGAGAGGGCUCUAGUGGGGCACCAUAAAAUGGAAUCUCUUUGAUUUUUUGAUUAAGAGAUGAAGAUAAUAUGAAAUUAGGUGCCAUCUUUUGAAAAGUAUCUGGUAUCUUUUGAAAUAUCAAUUCUUCUCUUUUAUGAUUGAUUUCUGAUUGAUUUUCUUUUCCCACAGUGAUUGAGUCAAAAUUACACUUGAUAUGAGCCUAUUAUUGUAUAUUGAUAAAUUAUGUUACCAUGAAAUUGCAUUUAUCGGGUUUAUUGAGUGCAAAGUUCAUGUAUCAUCCUUCAGUUGCAAGCCAGUUUGUGAUUU